CUCCCCCUCGCUGGUCAUCUCCCCCUCGCUGGUCAUCUCCCUCUCGCCCGCAUCACCCUCAUUAAGCUUACCUCGUCCACUCCCUCUCGGUCACCAGCCUGUGCAUGGACCCCGAGACCAGCACCAGACGUCGGGCGGACACGAAGGCGACGCGGCAGGAGCUGCCAGUGCGAGAACACGUCGACGGCGGUCACCCGGAACGCGCCCGGCCCGCUCUCUGUCGCCCGCCCUUCUCGCCGCCACGACAGGGACUCGAUCUCCCGCUCUCGACGGCCGCUGAUCCCCGGACGCAUGGCACCUCGCGCAACUGCAUGUCAGCACGACGAUGGUACGUUGCCACGGACACCCGCACCUGGUCGACAUGCCCGCCUGUUCGUCCUCUCUGCGACUGUCUGCACGGCUCGCAAUCCGCGCCGGUCAGUGCAGGUGGAGCGCGUCAAGAAGCCCGCCCGGUCGUCGACGCAGACGGUGGACAUCUACAGCUCGGGACGUCCGGACCGCGUCGAACGCACGCACGCGAGGAUACCGAUUGGGAUGUAUCUCGCGCAGAUCCUCCCGCGGAUGGUUGCUGACACCGUCUCCGCCAGAGCACCGGUCGGCAAUGCUGAAGUCGGGACGCGCAGACGACUUGCGCGCGAGCUGCCGCCGGUUGUUUUCCCGCGAGCUCAGUCUCCUGCCCGGGAGGUGUCGCCAUGGCGUAUUUGGCUUGGUCUCAAGUCUUGCCAUCGCUCGAUCGUACGCGGGCAUCGUGGCGCUACCGACCUCCUCACCAGAACCGGCGGGGCGCGCGGGGAUUGGUCAGCAAGCAAGUUUGACGAGAGGACUUAGCGCGCGCGUCGCGCAGCGCAUUCGAGCUUGUGCGCACGAGAUGACUUGUGCACCUCUCCGGGAUCUUCUCCCCAUCGUCCAGCAUCCGAGGACCGGCCGUCUCGCCUGCCGCGAGCCUCGGUCACGGUGAUCAGCCCGGUCGCAGCACUACUUACCUGGCUUCUCGCCCCGUCUGUCGCCUACGCCCCGUCUCUUACAUCACCCGCAGGCCUUGCGGCGAGUCCUCGUGCGUUCGUCACUAUCCGAGCACGGAGUGCAAAUGAAUCCGAGGGCGGUCUGCGAUACAGGGUGGGGGUCAACCCGGUCUGCUUCCCACUGGGUUGCUGCGACGGACCGUUGGCGUGACACCGACGUCUGUAUCCAUCGAGUCUGCCGCUGACCGCUCUUCCAUUCGGUCUGUUGGGCGGUGGAGUCGAUUGACUGCACGGUCACGUUUCCCUUGCGCCGACGCAGCGGAAGCGGUCGCUUCGGGCCGCGGUGAGCAUGCGACGAGUCGACUGGCGGAGAAGUGCGCC